CGACAAGCUUUUUGGAUAUGUUUAUUGGUUAACGAACAGAGAACCUAGAAAUAUUCUAUUCAUCAACCAAUAAACGUACCCGAAAAGCUUGCCAUACAAUACGUGAAAUAGCACCCUAAGUUAGUUCCAAAGUCUCCACCACGAGCCGCCACUUUCCUUGACGAGGAAGCCAGGUAGUGAUGGCUAUAAACAGCAUUUGGCUAACGAUAUUUUUGUCUUCUAAAAACUAAUUCUAUUUUGAAUAUCGAUAUCGUACGUUGCAAUAUCAUAUGUCGGACGCAAUAUGAAUCCUGUAUGAGCUCUUAAGCAGUGUUUCGCAUACCUAGGCUGUCGUGUUCCAUUUUUAAACGCAUCUGGACAAACUGUCUAAACCGUUCCACAACAGAGAAUAUAUAACGAAUGUUUAUGAAGCAUGGAUUUCAAAGCACUGCUGCAAAACUGCGCUUCAGUGAAUAAAUCGGAUGAAAACUUUGCAGAAAAUGAAAAGAGGGAAGAUAAAUACUUUCAGAAAAUAUAUGAAGAAUGGAAGGGUGUGAAAACUAAAGACAGUGACUCCACUUAUAAAGUUAUACCUAAAUUUUAUUUCAAGCUGCCAAAAGAAGAUGAGAUUCUACCACAGAAAUUACGUGAGGAAACACGUGCUUUAUUUUUGCAAAGACGUUCUCGACAGUUGCUUGAUAAUAAUGAACUGAAAGCGUUAUGGGUUCUGUUAGAUAAACAUCACAGUCCACCUCUAUCAGGGGAUGAGCAGUUAAUCAAUUAUGAGGAUUUUAAGAAAGUUGGAAAACUGGCAGGAGCAAAAUGUAGUCCAUAUUUUACUGCAGUUGUGUUUGCUAAGUUGCAACAAGGAGAUCCACAUGGUAGGAUUAGCAUCAUGGCACUAUUCAAUUAUGUCAUGAGAAAAGUGUGGUUACAUCAGACUAGAAUUGGGUUGUCCCUAUAUGAUGUUACAGGACAAGGAUAUCUCAGAGAAUCGGAUCUAGAAAAUUAUAUUUUAGAACUGAUACCAACACUGCCACAACUUGAAGGCCUUGAAAAGUCCUUUCAUUCAUUUUAUGUAUGCACUGCUGUUAGGAAAUUUUUGUUCUUCUUGGAUCCUCUUCAUACAGGCCGUGUUCGCAUUCAAGAUAUUUUAGCAUGUAGUUUUCUGGAUGAUCUCUUGGAGUUACGAGAUGAGGAUUUGCCCAAGGAUUUACAGGAAGCAAAUUGGUUUUCUGCACCUUCAGCUCUCAAAGUGUACGGCCAAUAUCUCAAUCUUGACAGAGAUCAUAAUGGAAUGUUAAACAAAGAAGAGCUUGCUGGGUAUGGUACUGGUACUCUGACUGGUGUUUUUCUUGAAAGAGUGUUUCAAGAAUGCCUUACUUAUGAAGGAGAGAUGGAUUACAAAACAUACUUAGAUUUUGUAUUAGCGUUGGAGAAUCGACAUGAACCUCAAAGUCUUCAUUAUCUUUUCCGGAUUCUGGACAUUAAUAAUCGCGGUUACUUGGAUACUUUCUGUCUCAAUUACUUCUUUAGGGCUAUACAAGAGCAGAUGACAAUGCACGGUCAAGAACCUGUUAGUUUUGAAGACGUUAAAGACGAGAUAUUCGAUAUGGUGAAACCAGCAGAUCCAUGCAAAAUUACAUUGAAAGACUUAUUAUCUUGCGGACAAGGCGACACGAUGGUCAGUAUUUUAAUUGAGUUCCAUGGUUUCUGGGCGUAUGAAAAUCGUGAGGCAAUGGCAGCUGAUACUGGCGAUGAAUCGUCACAUGUAUGACGAAGCACACCUGAACAUGCUAAACAAAUUGACAAAGAGAACGGAGACCUUGAAAGUUGCAAUGUAAGAUCCAAGUUGCAGAGACUUGGAAAAUUAUAUUCUGAUGAUAAUAGCCAUGAGUUGAGCUCUCCUAUACAUAGAACUGAAGAGAAAUUCAGUGCAGAAGAUUCCAUGGAUUUUAAACCAGCAAAGCGAGGCGCUAGACUUGACAAAUUGGCAGCUUUAGCUUCAACAAUUAAUAGUUGGGAGGAUGAUUUAUCUCAUCCAAAACUGACCAAGCCGGUAGACAAUAAAGUAGAGAGAAUACAAGCAAAGUUUAAUGAACAAGUCAGAAGCGGACCAGAGCCUCAACCAAGUACAAGUGGCUACAACAGAUCAACAAGUAAUAACAAUGAGAGGAAAAGCAAAAAUGGAAGUCCAAUUAAACAAUUAAAAUGGGAUAGAAGUAUAUUGGAUUGCUUGGAAUCAAACACGGUUUCAAGUCAUACAUCGCAAAAGAAGGAGGAGAAGAAGCAAGUUUCACCCUAUAAAUUAGAUGGGCUGUUAAAAGGAAAAACAGAUGGUGAUACUAGUGUUUCUGAGAGCCCAGGCGGCUCUCCUUUCAAGGUCAAUAGCAGCAAAGGUUCUAACACUCCUGAAAAAAUGAUUAAAAAUGCAAAUACUGCUAGCAGCUCGCGAUUACCAAAGUUUGGGUUUAACGGUUCGCCGAAGGAUAUAAUACAACCAUCAGGCUCAGUGUUGAGCAAAGCGUCGAUGUUUGAAGCUAAGAGUACGGACGCAAAAGUAAAGGAUCCAGCUCAAAUGACGCUCGCAGAAAGAAUGGCUCUUUUCGAGCGAAAUAAGGGAGAGGCUCCUUUGAUUCCGAAAGCACCGCUUACAAUGUCAAUUCCGCCGAAGAAGCUGCAGGAGAAGAAUAAACCUGUACAGUCAGGAUCUAACACAGAUUCAUCUCCCAGCAACCGAAACGCUGAUAUUCCCAACAAAUCGGUUAGCGCGCAACGUGCGAUAUUUGAACAUAAUAAGCAAAAAAUAGAUGAAAUGGAAAAUCAGAUUUUACAAGCUACCCAAGCUGAAAGACGACGCGAGUUAGAUAUGCUGCGUUCGCGUUUCAAUGAAAAUAGGGAGUUUGCUCGUGGUGCUGUGAGGUGCGGUAUUCGUACAAGCGAAAGUAGCGAAGGAGGCGGCAAAUCUUCCUCGCCGAAGAGUUCGCCCGUUUGUUCAGUGAAGCCGACUCCUGCUCCGGAUCAUACAGCCGCCGCACCACCACCACCACCACCGCCACCGCCGUUACCACAGCCUGAAAUUGUAUCAUAUAUUACUAAAUCUUCCCCGGUAAAAAGGCAAGUCGUUGGAAGUCCACCCAAGGUCCAACAUGUAAAUAUGAUGUGCGAUAUUAAACGUAUUCGCGUGACUGCUCCGAAACAAGGAUCGCUUUAUCCUAAUCUGGAAAACAUCGAGUUCACCACGGAAAGUGAUACUGAAUCAACAUAUGAAACAAGCGAGCCUGUAACAGCUACUUUUGACGAGAAAAGUGACAGUGAAACGAGUGAUUACGACGAACAGAAUGAGGAUUGUCUUACUGAAAGUGAAUUGACUAGCGAUCAAGCAAAUACAAGUUUUGGACGCAGUAUUUUGUAUGAGUUAGACGAACGCUCAUUGUUUAAUAAAACUCAUAAAAAGAGAUCCAUAGAACCAGAUCCAGAUAGUACUAUGUCAGAUCUCUCGGUGCUCAACGAGAUGGAUCAGUACUUGGAAGAAUGCCUCGAAGCGGAGGAAUCACAUACCGAUAUGAAUGUGAGAGAAGAAGGCCCAACGCCACCAAAAGUAAAUAGAGGCAAGAGUCCGUCGCGGUCAUCCAGCAGUUUCAACUAUCACUCGUUUCGUUCGCCUUUAAAAGUAGUCUCACCGACGAGUAAAACGAAGGCAUACAUAGACGAAGGUGGUAGCCGCGUACCGCUAAUACGAACUGUUAGUGCGUACAGGCGACAACAAUCUGAGUUGGCUAAGACAUCACAGCGUUCAGCUACAAAAUCAGAAUCAAAUGUACCUUCCACUUCUGGCGCAGAAAGAUCAGAACGUGUAAACGAGGCGAUACUGGUGGAAAAUAAAGUAAAAGAGCUGCUCGAUGAAGUUUGUACGCAACAGAAGAAAAUCGAAGGAGCUAGUAAAGCUUUAAACUUGUGUCAAUCUACUGUCGAGUUCAAUGGAUCCAGUGAGCAUGUUGGUGGAGAAUGGGCAUUGCUCGUUGCAACUCAUAAGCGACUAGCCGCAUUGAAUGAAGUACAAAGGCUUAAGCGAGAAGGCACAUUGAAACCUGUUAAAGCAGGCUCACUAGAUAUACAAGGAAGCGGAUCUUUAACCAUUUCGGCUGUCACGCUACCGUUGAAGCCGGAAUUUUCCCGGAACAUGGGCAACAAUGCGUUUUUGCAUUGUGUUUGUUUAAUGCGAUACUUGGGAGAAGUAGUCGCUACUCAAACAGCUACCGCCGCUGAACCCAAUGAUUCGUGCCUUCGUUUCCUGUCGACGUUAAAGUUUGACGACUUAAACAGCGAUUUCAAGAUUGCCGUUGAGGUAUAUUCCCUUCAGACGCAACCGAAAUAUUUGCCGCAUGAAAGGAAAUAUCACAUCAAUCAUACUGGUGCAAAGACCGAAAAGAAGACUCCAAAGAAAAAGAGUCAAUUUGUAAUGCCGAAUGUACAGAGUCCAGCAGGACCAGGAGCAGUCAGAUCGCCUGCUUUUCAACUAUGUGGCACUGUUAGUAUCACCCUGAACGAUAUACAACGCAAGCAGUUCAACUUACUCGGAGUUUCGUCGCAAUCUCCUUUACAAGGAUCUCUUCGAAUGCACAUAUCGCACAAAGUCUCAGUAUCAGUGGAGUAUCGCGGAUUCUUAACGGUCUUUGAGGAUAUCUCAGGUCUCGGUGCUUGGGAUCGAAGAUGGUGUUUGCUUAAAGACGCCAAACUUUUUUUCUGGGUGCAUCCCGAAGAUGAACACAAAAAGAGUCCGAUAGGAAGUCUCGAUUUGGAAGGUAUAUUUACGAAAAAUGUACAAUUUGUCAAUCGAGAGAAAUGUGCUCGUCCUUUCACGUUUCUACUCGAGGCAAGGAGAUCCGCGCAACCUGACGACUCUAAUAAUCUCAUUACGAAGACCGAUGGAAAUGUGACUGUAAUAGAACAUUUCAUGUUAGCUGACACACGGGAGGAGGGUCUGCAAUGGUUAUCAAAGUUAAAUAAGACUCUGAACUUAAUUAGAGCCUGGGAACCAUAUAGAUGUUAGCAGCUUGACAAGAAAAGGUAAACUUAUAUAUCACGCAACGUACUAAAGUACGUUUCCAUAAAAUAUAUUUUCAGUUAGGAAUUGUGCAUUACACACAUAUAUUCUAUAACGCGCUAUAGACUAAAAUGCUUUGUUUAACAUACUUGGCGAAAAAUAUAUCCGCGGUCAAUUAAAUAGCGUCGCUAAAAUAUCUUAUUUACAUCUAUUUACAUGUAUCUAUGAUACAUAUGGUAAGUUCAUUCGACAAAAGAUAUAAAAAUUUUCCAAACCAAAUUUUCAUUGGUAAUACGUUUAACAUUUCUUUUAGGCGAUAAUGAAUUUUCUAUUAACAAAUAAUUGAUUAGAUCUUUAAUUACGUACAGAGAUAAUUUAUGGAUAACAACAACUUUGUCAAAUUUAUUCAUUAAUUGCUUGUUGCCAGUCAAAAUUUAUUAUAAUAAUAGAUUUACAAGUCUUUACGAUUUCAUUCGCAAAAAUUUUUCUAUUGGAAUACUCUAUAUACGUGUACAGGCAUAUGCGUAUUAAAUAUAUAAAACAUUAUCUUCACAAUUUUCGAAUUACAUUAUCGUUGAUGGUAAAGAAGAGAUUAAUAGCAUUUGUUGAACCGAAGAAAGGUAUUUGGUAUUGUAUAAAUAAUUUUUUAUUCGUAUGAUUGAAAAACAUCAAACUGUAAGUGUGGGGUGUUAUUUAAUCGUGAUUAGUUUCUAGAAUACUCGUUUAUACAUAUUUACCAGGUAAUCGAACCUGUUUCAAUAUUAGGGACGACUUCAAAGUAGUAUUAUGGAUUAAAACGAUUGUAAAUAUAGAAUAAAUGUAGAAGAUCAAACUCUUACCAAUCAAAUCGAGAGAUAUUUAUAUAUAGAUAUAUAUAUAUAUUAUAUAUGCAUAUGUAUAAUUUCUAUAUCAGACUUUGCGCAUAUAAAUACGUUAUCCGACUUAUAAUCAGUAUAUGUAUAUCAUCGAUAUUCAGUGUCUAAUGAUAAUUUUUACAACUAUAAUUUUUUGUAUCGUAUUAAACGAGAUGUUUGUACUGUGAA